AUGUCAGAACCGCCUCCGAAGAACUAUUACAAGGUCGCCGUGCUGAUUCAUGAGGGCGCCGAUAUUCUCGACUGUACAGGCCCGAUGCAAGUGAUAUUGCAUGUCACUUACAACCACAAGUCAGACGAUCCCGAUCCCGUUUUCAAAGUCACGACGAUUGCACAAAAGAGUAUAGUUCACACAGCUACUUUCCUUCACAUCGAACCCGACAUCCUAUUACCAGAUGUUCUGGAUAAGAUCACAGAGUACGAUAUCCUCAUAGUCCCCGGUCCUUCACUAUCAAUGAUACAACAGUUGAUCAAAGACCCCGACAUCCCGGAACUGGAUCUAAUUCGCCGAUAUACCACUUCAGAACCUUCCCGCUCUCGCAUUCUCUUCUCCGUCUGUACGGGUGCAUUACUUCUAACCGCAGCAGGCAUUCUAUCCGGAUUAACGGCCACAACGCACCAUCUCGCCCUAUAA